AUGGGGAAUAAAUUGGGGAAUAGGAGACAAGUGGUGGAUGAGAAGUACACUAGGCCUCAAGGGUUGUAUCAGCACAAAGAUGUGGACCACAAGAAGCUAAGGAAGCUCAUUCUGGACUCCAAGCUGGCACCUUGUUACCCUGGUGAUGAUGAAUGUGGCAGUGAUCUUGAAGAAUGCCCUAUUUGCUUCUUGUAUUAUCCAAGUCUGAAUCGGUCGAGAUGUUGCAUGAAAGGCAUUUGUACAGAAUGCUUUUUGCAGAUGAAGACACCUAAUUCUACCCGGCCAACUCAGUGCCCCUUCUGUAAAACCUCAAAUUAUGCUGUGGAGUAUCGAGGUGUGAAGACAAAGGAGGAGAAAGGUUUGGAGCAAAUUGAAGAACAACGACUUAUAGAAGCCAAAAUAAGGAUGAGGCAGCAAGAAAUUCUAGAUGAAGAGGAAAGGAUGCUGAAACGAAAACAACUCAGAUCCUCCGGCAGUAUCAGAGGACCUAGUGAAGUUGAUUAUUGCUCCGCACCAGCCCAAUCCUUUAGUUCUGCUGUAGAAGGUGAGGAAAUUGUUCUCUCUCAGGAGUUAUGUACUGCUUCAGCAAUAAGACCAACUCCACGCCUGAGGCAAAAUAGGGAGGAUGAAUUUGACCUGGAUCUGGAGGAAAUAAUGGUUAUGGAAGCCAUUUGGCAGUCUAUUCAGGAAACUGGCCAACCCCAAAAUUUGACCUAUAGUGACGCAGCUUCAUCAGAAGAAUAUAUGGUAGACGAUUGUCGCACCUCGGCAAUGAUAGCCCCGGUAGCUGGAUUAUCAUCUCCUUCUGGUGGUCUUGCAUGUGCCAUUGCAUCCCUUGCUGAGCGUCAACAACUGAGUGGAGAGUCCAAUAACUAUGGUGGGAACAUGCAUGGGAAUAGCAUGAUGCCUGGAUGUAGCAGGUUUUCUAAUAGGGGAGAGCAAGAAUCUGAAAAUUAUUUUCCUGCAGAGAGUGCCAUUGUGGAAUCACUCGAUAUCCAGCUGGCAAUGACCCAGGAUGCUGGAGAAUGCGAAGAAAAUAGAUCUGAGGUGGCUGAAGUUGGAACUAGCUACGUGGGUUCUCAUGAAUUGAAUGACGCAAGAAGGCCUGUUGCACUCCACCAAGUUGAUGAAAAUGACUGCACCUUCCAACCCGUUGUGGGGCCCAUAGUUCCCGAGAGCUACGAGGAGCAGAUGAUGCUAGCCAUGGCUGUAUCGCUAACUGAGGCUCAAGCUAGUGCAAGUGCACCAGGAGUUGCAUGGCAUUAA